AUGAACGGCGAGAUCGCCGCCGCGAACCAGCGGUUGGCUUCCCCGGGCCUCCGAGAUGACUCCGCACGACUCGGCGCCGCCUUCGCCUUCCAACAUUCCAAAUCGCCCUCCAAUGUGACACCCCAACCCUCGGUAGCAGCCCGAGCCGCAGUUGCUAGCACCGUAAACCGGCAUGCGGAGCUUCGCCGUCAGGAAAUGGAAUCCGAAUUUGGCCCUGAAGUGGGCUCCGUGAAAGAUAAAAUUGGCCUGUUUGCCGGGGCUAACCUGGCGCCUCCGGGGUCGGUAUCGAGAGGACGCACCCCGCCGCCAUCCCUUCCAUCUGCGCCAGAACAGAUUGCAGCACGGCUCGCCGCAUCACGGUCUCCGGCAAGGAAGCAAGAGGCCACGGCGGCGGCCGCCGCCGCUAGGAUAAGUGCUGCUCGUAGCGCAAGCAGAAUGCAGCCACCCCGUGCAGAGGAACAUCGAGAGAUGCGCUCACCAAUUCCGAUCCGUCCAAGAUAUACCAGGCCAGAGAGUGCUUUGGAAACAAUGCUUCAGGAUGAUCGUCUAAGCUCCAAACCAGUGCCUACCCCCGAACCGAUACGUGUACGGCCCCCUGCUCCCCCAUCCAGAGCCAUCAGCGUUCGCAGCGCUCGAGACGUCCCUUCGAGCCCACAACCGCCACUACCACCCAGAUCUGCCACCUUUCAUGAUACGGAUCUGAGUCCCCAUCCCUCCAUUAGCUCUGCCUUAUCUCCAAGAAGAGCUCCCGAUGAGCCGAAGCCAACACUGCCUCCGCGAUCUACGCCUUCUCAAGCUUCCGUACGGAAGCCUGUCCUCACCGGCACCCCGUUACUACGCCCAUCUACCCCGAGCAUAGCGUCGGUAUCGGGACAAUCGCAUAACAGCAGCUCAACCACGGUGAACGAGUCGGGAGGGAUGAGCGAGGAAGCACUUUCCAAUGCCAUUGUCGCGUCCUCCCUCGCAUCGGCACGGGCAUCCCCCAUUGCGAAAGCGCCCCCACCCCCUCCAACUCGGCGACGAGCCCGAUCGCGGUCAAUCCUUCAGCUCGCGCAUUCGCCGAAGAGCGAUCUCUCCCGAACACCGAGCCCACCGAAGGGAAUGCCACAUACUCUCCGCGGCAUGCCGAAAGCCGAUGAUGCCGAUGCCAACCGGCGGCAUAAAAUGCAUCUGCUCCAUAAACACCCCCACAAGCAUCAUGAGGGAGAUCGUAAACGGUGGCGUCAGGAAGUGACUGAAAAGGAGCGCAGGCGAUACGAGGGCGUCUGGGCCUCUAACCGGGGAUUGUUCAUCGACCCGGGUCGUGCUCGGCGUGAACUCGCUCCCAAUGGAACUGAGCGAUGGCCGCCACCCUCUGAGAUGGUGCUGAACCUCGUGGUGCGGGAGAUCUGGUCCCGCAGCCGACUGCCGCCCGUCCUGCUGGAACAGGUAUGGGAUCUGGUGGAUCAGCAGCAGAUUGGACUUUUGACAAAGGAAGAAUUUGUCGUUGGAAUGUGGCUGAUCGACCAGCAGCUGAAAGGCCAUAAGCUGCCGACCAAAGUCCCCGAGAGCGUUUGGGACAGCGUUCGAUACGUCACCGGCAUUAAGCUUUCCUCCACCGGCGCGAAGAAUUAG